AUGCAAGUGGCGUGUUCUGCCGCUGUGUGUAUGGAAGCGCAGCUCCAAGGUAAUGUAACUGUGGGUGAGCAGUGCGGUGUGCAUCCAGGUGCUUCGAUACGAUCUUCAAGUGGACCAAUCAUUUUAGGUGAUCGCUGUUUUGUUGAGGAUGGGGCCGUAUUACUUAACGACGCGCCGGACGAGAUGCAGAUUGGUGACGGUAAUUUGUUUGAGAGCGGCUGCAUCGUGGAGAGUCAUCGCGUGGGAAACGGCAAUUGGUUUGAGCCCAAGUCAUACGCUCGGAUGGGCUCGGUGAUUGGCAGCAAUUGUCUUAUUGGCAGCGGCGUUGUAGUGGCUGCAGGCGAGCACAUACUGGAUAAUUCCAUCCUCGUGGCGGUACAGACGCCAGAGGGUGACAUACGACGUAUCACGAGAGUGCAGAGUGAUUAUUUGAUAAAGAUGCACAGUUCAUUAAUCCAAAAGUACGUAGACAUUUUUCCGAGAGGCUCAAAAAGCGUCUAUGCACUUGAGAAACACCACGAACUGCGGCAAUAA